GGGCGCCGCGGGGGCCGCGUGCCGCCAUCCCCUCCGCGGCCCCGCACAGCCGCCAUUUGGACGCGAGCGGCGGCGGCACACGGUGUGGGCGGCGACACAGCAGCUUCUUUCUCCUUCCGCAGCGACACCAGUGUGGCCAAAGAGCGCUCGCCAUGCUGCCCAAGAGCUCAAAGCGGAGAGUGGAGGGGGAUGAGGUGGAGGAGAGAGGGAGGAGUGUGGAUGACUCUUCAGGGGAGGAGGAGGAAGGGCGGGGAGCAGCUACCCCAAAGCGUAAAAGAUUCAAUUCAGGAGACAAGGCUAGAAAGUCGCACGCCGAAGACUCAAUGGAGGACACUAAAGAUACUAACGAUUGGGGAGGUGAGAGUGAGCGCGAGGGAGGAUGGAACGAUCGUUACGACCACGACUCUGGGAGCCGCGAUCGCUACUCCAGCCGUUCCAACGUCAAGCCCGGGGAUUGGGACUGCCCCAGCUGCCAGUUCUCCAACUUCGCCUCGCGCACUGCCUGCUUCAAGUGUAGGACCCCUAAAGAUGGGGACUCGUUUGGUUCCGGCGGACGCAUGGGUGGCGGCGGCGGGGGCAUGCGUGACAUGCGCCCCGGGGACUGGUCCUGCCCCAAGUGCCAGUUCCACAACUUCUCCUCUCGUGGGAUGUGCUACAAGUGCAACUCUCCCCGAGACGAGCUUGCAGGGGGAGGGGGUGGAGACCGCUACUCCAGCCCCCGUGGCGUGGGCAGCCGGCCUGGGGAGUGGGACUGUCCCAAUUGCCAGUUCUGCAACUUCUCGCACCGUGACUUCUGCUUCAAGUGCAGGUCCCCGAGAGAAGGAGGACGUCCCAUGGGUGGCGGCGGCGGCGGUGGUGGCGGGGGCAUGAACGGCCCCAGGAGUGGCAUGCGGGCCGGGGACUGGGAGUGCCAACAGUGCCAGUUCCACAACUUUGCCUCCCGUGACCAGUGCUUCAAGUGCUCCUCCCCAAAAUGUGAGUGAUGUGGAGUGUAGCAGCCGCACCCACACGAACAUCUGGACCAAGAUGAGGAACUUGAUACAACAGAAGUUUGCAUGAAUACCACUGUGGGUAUUUAUUCUAAAGGUUUAAAAAGAUAGUAAUAAAACGGUCAUUUUAAGGGUGAACUAGUAUGCCUAUUUUUUUUCUUUCUUGAGUUCAAAAUUUAUCAUGUCUUGAGGCAAAGGUGUGUAAGGGAGGGAGGGAAGGAGAGAGAGAGAGGCUUUACCAUUAAGGAGGUUUGCUCAAAAUGGAGUUUUCGGAGAUGGUUUGUUUAUUUUUCACAUUUUGCUGCUUGGCGAGGUUCUGCUGUGCAUCUUGAUGUGCCCCGCACCGCUGGUGGUCAAGGCUCUCAUUAAUACCUGCCCAACAAUGUUAGGAAGCAGAAUCAUCAUCUGCCAGCCCUGAACCCUUUGGAUCUUGCUUGCCUCUCCGCCCAGCUGCAAGUUUCUAUUUAUUACUUAUCAUUUGUUUCUUUGAUGGGCCCCAACAACCACAUUGGACCACAUGCAGUCGUGGCACUGCCAAGCCAGCAGCAGCACCUCGGCGCUGGCACACACACCAGAGGGAAGGAAGGCUUGUUUAGUGUUAAUCCAGAGUUAGUGUUCUUAGUGUCCGGGCCGCCUCUAGGGGCCCACUACUGCUUAGUCACCUCCACAGGAGGACGUCAUUCAUUUGUCUCAAAAUUAGGACAGUGGAAAGGAGUCUUGGUACAUUGUGUCCAGUACAAUUAAGGUAAAUGUUUUGUUUCAACCUCAAUAUUCUAUAUACAUAUAUAUACACACAUACAACAGGCUUUGUUUUUCUUUCUUUGUACUCUGUUUUGCGGACACCAGCCGGUGCCCGCGCCCGGCAGCAAGGCCAGCCGGGGCACAGGCACGUCCCGCUGCUUCCCUGACACACAGGCGCGCGAACAGCUAUGUUGGUGUGCCCCCUGUGCAGGGGCGCAGUGGUGUGCCGUGCCCCGGUGCGGCCACAUACUGACACAGCCGCAGUUGCGGUGGUGGCGGGCAUGGGUGGCGGCCAGCUGCCACACGUGGGUUUACAGCAGUGCUGGCGGGUCAGACGUGGAGGUUACUGUAUCUUACUCGGAGGCUCUGAUGCUGUACCUGAUCUACUGUGAAGGGCGUGUAAAGAUUUAUUUUAGUAUAAGAAAUUUCCCAUCAGUGUCUGGAGGGUGGUGUACGGUAUUAUUACAGGUUUUGUCUCUAUCAUUCUUUGUUUGGUGGCCAUAUUCCAUGUUUUUUAUUCACUUCCUGAGAGUGCAGGUCGGCAGUUAUGUGGUGAUGCUUUUGGUUUGUUAUCGUUACGUAUAAUUGAAGAGAAAAUUUUUGUAAUGACAAGGUGUUGGAGGUUCAUAGUGUUUUGUAAGUGAAAUCCUUUAUUGGUAGCUUUUGUAUCUGGCUGAACCAAAACGUUGUGCAUAAUUAACUACCAUCAUCAGCGGCGACGGUCAACGCUCCACCGCACGCACGCACGCACCAGCUACGAGAACAGGCGUGGUAUUCAUCCUUAAUUUUACGGUCUUCUCAUUUUUUGGUGCAUUUAUGUUCACAGGCCUUUUAAAAUAAUGAAGUCCAGUGCUGUUCACGUAUAUAUAUAAAUGUAUAUAUCUGCCUUUGUGUAUGACAUUGAUGUUUGGUGUUAUAUAUAUUGUGUGUAUAAUAUAUAUUUAUAUAUAUAUUGGUAGGGAAGCAGUUUUCUCUACCACCACUAGCACUUGACGUUGUGAUUGGAAGUUUAGAGGUCUUAAUAAAUGGCAGGACUACAAA